AUAUUUGACAUCACACAGGGGUUUCCCAUAUCAUGUGCCUAUGAUCUGAAAAUACGAGAAAACAGUUUGCACAAGCGUUUGCUCCUCUCAGAAUCUACUCCAAACACAAGUCGUAUUUACACCUUUAACUGUGCUUGACAGUCUGCCUUCAAACUUAUGUGUAUGCGCCAUAAAACACAUUUCUUGCGGUAAAAGGAAAGCUACGACGUCUGUGAGUGUGAGUCUGAACACAGUCACAGAUUUGUGUUGACGUUUGGAACUAUUGUGCAACUACUGUAACGUCUUUCGUUCGGUUUUAUGCAGGUGCUAGACAGGCGAUACGACAACUCGUGUAUCACACGCUAAACAAGCCAUAUUAGACUUGGACAGCAGCAGAACGGGUGACAGACGAUGAAACUGAGUUCUCUCAAAUGAAUGCUGACACUGAUGUGCGAUGGCCACAUGAUCGGUGGUUUGUGAUCGGCGCCAGGGUGAGUGUUGAUGAGUGUCGGUGAGUCGAGAUCAGGAGACAAGGAUGAUUCGUGGAUAUGAAGACCCUGCAGAGAAGCCAUUGUUUGGGGAACCCAGGCCGGUGGACCGAGUCUUGAAUCUGGUGGUGGGCUCAUUCACUGGUUUAGUGGUUUUGGUGACUCUGGUUGGGGCUUUCGCAGCCAAAGGGCCCAUCAAUGGAGUGGACGUCUUCUUUGCCUGUGUCAUUGUUCUUAUCUGUGGAUCCCACUUGGUACUGAUUUACUGGUAUCGUCAAGGUGAUCUGGAGCCAAGGUUCCGAUCGAUGAUCUACUACAACGCAUUCAGCAUUAUUCUGCUGUGUGUCUGUGGUAAUCUGUACAUAUAUGGCAUCGGGUGCAAGAAGUGACGACAGCAUAUAUAGAACUGUUUAUAUAUCAGUCACUGGAUAGGAUGCAAGAAGUGGUGAAAACCGGGAAUACCUAGAACAUCUUGCAUGUCAAUCGCUGGAUAUAUAAUGACUUGUGGUUUGAACUCAAUCAUUUCCCAGUAGGGUGUGGUUUAAGUAGCAACUGAGUUUGUGUAUUUUUUUC